UUUUAAUUAUGAAUAUUGUUAAGGCAAUAAGAUAAGCUUUCUAAUUUUCAAGAGUUAGAUACUUUGUCUAAUAGAGCGACCCUAGAAUUAAUGCUGAUUUUGCUGACUCAAAGCAGACCAAAAUUCCUAAUGUUUGUACUAACCCUGAAAAAUUAAAAGAGGAAGGAACAAAUUGCAAAGUUACAGUUCAAGGAUAAGAAGUCUAAACUUCUGAAAAGUAAAUUCUAUGUUAUUAACAAUUAGAUUGAGAAUUAAUGUGAAAGUGAAAAGUUGUAAAGAAAUAAAAGGAAUUAUUGCAUAUAUUUGAUGCUUAUUAUAUAAAGUCAUUUAACAUACCC